AUGGAACAUCCCUUGAGUGACGAGGGCAUAGUCGAACACUUCGAAAGCCUAUACCAGAAUAACCUUUUACAGUACAAUAAGAUUCUUGCCUUACUUCAUAAUACACUAGAUGAAUGCGAAGCAAACGUACAGCUGGUCGAAAAUGCCAUUAAAAACGAUAGUGAUAUUAAGGAUGGGAUGCAGCAAGAACUUAACAUUCUUAUCGAUAAGAUUGAUACUGCAAAAGAACGCGUUGAAGAACUUGAAGAAGAACGAAAAGAUCUAGAAGAGGUCUUAGAAGGGCGGACAAACUGUGAAGCAGAGCUGGAUCAAGUGUUGGAACAAAAGACCCAAGAGGCGAAAUCCAUAGAAACUUAUAUAGCGUUAGCAUAUUAUGCCUAUCAUAAAGUCAGAUCAUCCGAUAAAAGGGUUAAAAAAAAGAUUGAUGCAAUAAAAGCUUGGGCAAGCCGCAAAAAAACAGCUACGCAAGCGCGCAAGAAUAUAUGUAGAAUGAUGAGGGCAGAAAUACGUGACACCAUUCGCACGUACCUUAUCAAUGUAGCUCGGAUAGUACGCAUUCAUGCCGAAAAGGAUCAAGAAAAAACCCAAGUCCUUGCAGAACAUGAUGAAAUCGUUCUUAAAACUGCCGAUACCCAGAAACGCAUUGAAACCAUUGCAGAAGAAAAGGAGAAAUGUGAAUAUGCGUUAACUGUCGUGGAACAAGAAAUAACUGAGGGUAACCUUAGCGUCGCAAAGCUAAAGAAGGAGAUUGAAGACUUAGAAAAGGAAAUCGCCAAUGCACAGAUGCAGCUUGAUGACGCCAAAGAAUCUCAACAGCUCUUACAUAGAACUGAAGCUGAACAUUCUUGCAAGGAGAUGGUGAAGGUGAAGUCGGAGGAGCUCCAACUGAAACGUACGGAAAAAUGCAAUCAAUUCGCUGCCUGCAAUAGACUGGUGAUGGAAAGGGAGGAAAUAGCAGCGGAGUUUGAUUUGAACGCAAGGGACCACAUGGAGAUAGUGAAGAAUUUUCUAUUGAAUGGGAAUGGAGUUCCAGACCGCAGAACAACCAUUUCCAAAGCCAAACGUCUGGUAUCAAAAUUGAAACGAAAGCUCAAUAAGCUUAAUGCCCAGAAGAAUAAAUCGUCAGAAUUGAUACAGUCGAUCUCCAAGGGUAUACAAGCUCAAAAGGACGAAAAUGUCAAGCUGAACGAAGAACUUGAAGCGGCUAAGAAGAAAUGUAUAACGUUGAACCAAGAUAUUGCACAUUUACGAGAACAACUUGACAGCGUUACAUCGAAAGAAGACAAUAGAAAGCAGAUGAUAGAUGAUCUUAUAAAUGAGGAAAAUUAUAUCAAGAAAACUAUUGCGGAAUUGGAAGCUGAAGAGGAAAAGAUGAAAUUCGAAUAUAAUGCGAAGGUUCAAGAGCAAAUAGAAGCGCAGAAGAAUAGACUAAAGCGCCUUAAAAAUGAAGACUGUUCUGACAUGGCAGAGAUCAUCGACGAAGAGAAGAAGAACAGCGAUAUACUGCUUAACGCAGCACUAGAAACAAUAGAGCUGGAAUAUAGAAAGGAAAAGUCAAGGAUAGAUGCUGAGCACAAGGCCUUGGUUCUAGAGAGACAAGAAACGUUUAACGCCAUUAUAAAAGUGAAUACUAGCGAGAUAGAGCGGCUUAAAGCCGCAAUCGCUGAAUGUGGGCGCAAAUCAAAGGAAGCUGUUGAGCCAGCUGUCACUCCGGCACCUCCACCUUCAGCGCCACGGAAGACGAAUGUACCGUCAGAACCCUCCAAGUUUGUGAACAUUAUACUUGCAAUACAUAGAUUCAGGAUACCAGGACCCCAAGAAAACAAUGUACAGUUUAAGCGUCACAAUGUUGGUGUCCAGACGAGAUUUGAUGUUAGUGGUGUAGAUGUUACAAUGGAGUCGGUGCGUCGUGACCUUUACAGAUUCAUUACUGGUUGUAAUAAAGGUGGAGGUGAUGCGGAAUAUGAGGUACAAUUAAGCGCCGAAUCAUUGGAACCUUAUACAGAUUCAGGAAAUAUGCAACUUCUGCCUUCAAAACAAACUUCUUACUUGCCAAACGACCCUGUUACAUGCUUAUGUAUCAAAAACGAGAAUACAUACGCUGUAGCUAUGCUGUACAAUGAGGGUGGCGCAAGGUAUAUCGAGUCUACAAUACCAUCCGUGAGGAUGAUGUGCCUUGGAGGCAUUAGCAAGUUGGCGUUCGCCCAGAACGAUAACGUGCUACUUUUCGGUGGAUCCCAUUGCGGUUCAAUCCAUGCUUGGGAUACUACAACCUAUUUAGAGGUGGCUUCGAUGCCUCCAAGCGCCUCAAAAGGUCACCUAGAUCCCAUUGCUGCCCUGGAAUUGCUGGACGACGACACGUUGCUUUCUGUUGAUAUAUCGGGAAAGGCGUUUAAAUGGUCCUUGCGCAAUUUAUCUGAGCCUGUGGCACGUUUUGACUGGAGUGGUUUAGCGCCUUCUUCUAGAAUCUCCGCUGUGUGCCGUGGUAGCACGUUUUAUUGUGCAAUGUUGAAUGGUUGGCUCUACGACUGCAAUUUGGAUGGCACAUCUUCACGGAGCUGUGCAAUCCAUGAUUCUGCCGUGACAUCUGCAGCUUUAUCUAACAUCUAUGAAAGAGAGUUGUUGGCUACGUCAGCAUUCGACUGCAGCGUGAAGGUUUGGGACUGCAAGACGAUCAGGGAAACGUUUCCAUCUGGAGCUUGUUGGCGAACAGAGAGUUUAGCGUUCGGCCAGGAAAACGACAACAUCAAGCCCGUCUCCGCAGUACCACCGCCGUCUGAUGGCGUAGAAGCUACGUCAUCCGAGAACAUUUUACAUAAAGAUAGUGUACCAGACAGCGAUGAUGUCUCUAGGGAGAUAGCUACUAAUCCUUAUUUUAAGAUACCUAAAUACGAUCGUAAACUUCGGGAAUUAGCAGUAUUGCAUCCGGAUGUAAUGGAGAAGCUGGGUGUGUACGUCAUUCCAGUGAAAGCCGCUAUUAGAAACGUUGAUGGGAAACUGAGCGAGAAGCCUGUGGAGGGCGAAAAAAAUCAGACUGAAAACGAGGCUGACAAAUCCAAUGCCGCAACUGCGAUGCAAUAUAACCUUGCGUACAUCAUUAAGCAAUCAGAGAUGAUAAUGGCGAUGACCCCGGAGGAGAAGCUUCAGUUCAUUCCACGUCUCAAGGACACUAUAGUGUACGAGAUUAUGAAGAACAAUUAUACAUUUAUGCACAUCCUUCGGGCAUUCCGCUCUUAUGUACCGCGGCAAGGCGCCGCCGAGGUAUGCCAGAUUGAACGAACAGUAUUGCCGUUUUCACGUCGCCAUAUCAGCAGUGAUGACACUGAUGAACGGUUUAGACAUGUUAGUGGUGCGUUACCGCGUACGGAUCGUACCUACGAUAAGCCACAAGUCGUGGUAACUGCGAUCCCCCCGGCCAAACCGUCAGCUGAGCCUUCUAGCAAAAAAAACACAAAGCUAGACUCAGCGGCUAUAAAGAGCAUCCCAUUAGAGAUUAUAGAAGAUGCGUUGCUCAAGUUCGUGCCCGAGAAUAUCAAAUCUAUAAACAUCGGCAAUGAGCCACUCACACCGGGUCAAGCAUUCUAUCUCGAGAACCGUGACAAGUUACUUGAGAACUUACGACGAAGGUAUUUCGAGGAGACUGGUGCUGGACCGAGUGACGGCGAGAUAGAGAGUCUGCUUCCACAGUUGAUGGAAGAGGAACCUUUCGGCUCAUAUGACCCUGAUCCGGUAGUUUCACCUGGUAAACACCACCUAUGGGACUAUGAUACAACCACGUUGUCAAGCACUAGUAAAACCAUCCACCUAAGGAAGGGAGAGAUGCCCACAUUGCAGCAGGUUGUUGACAUUUUGGAGCAGGAACGUAUAUCAAACGUGAGCGUCGUUGACAUGGACAGUUGCAACCGGCGUGACCAGGCAAUGUACUGUAUCGUUGGAACAGGGGCAACUCGUGCUCACUGCCGCCGUGUUGGUCGUAUGCUUUAUAGAGCGAUUGUCGACCUAGAUGUCCCCUUUGUAUCGGAUACAGCCUACUGUUGUCAUUCCAGAAGCGACGAGUGGAUAGUUGCUCGUCUGGGUCCUUUGUGCGUACACCUAAUGGUGAAUGAGGUCCGGCAGAACCAAAGUAUAGAAGACCUAUGGGCGGAAUCUCGUGCAGAGGACGCUCACCGUCUCUCGGAGCAGCUCCCCGAGCCUCAAGUUUCACCAGUCGACAGCAACAUAAGUAUAACACAGUAA